AUGGCACAAAACUUAGAAAAUAUUUUCCAAGAUCAUUUAUUAAGGGCAACCAAGAUGGUUGAAGAUCAGGUCGAUGCUGAGCUGCAUCGAUUAGAGACCUUGGAUGAAGAUGAAUUAGAAACCAUCAGAGCGAAAAGACUCGAACAAAUGAAGAAGCUAAACGCUCAAAAGCAAGAAUGGUUUUCUCAAGGCCAUGGCUCGUAUUCGGAAGUUGCUGACGAAAAAGAAUUUUUCCAGGCUACCAAAAAGAGCUUUCGUCUUAUUUGCCAUUUUUAUCGUGAUAGCACCUUUAGGUGCAAAAUUGUUGAUAAACAUUUAGCUGAAUUAGCCCCCAAGCAUGUUGAAACUAGAUUUAUAAAGAUCAACGUGGAAAAAGCACACUUUUUGGUUGAGAGAUUAAAAGUCAAAAUGCUACCUACCAUUGUAUUAAUUAAGGAUGGUAAAACUGUAGAUAGGAUAAUUGGUUUCGACGAAUUAGGAGGUACCGAUGAAUUUUCAAAUGAAAUGAUGGAAUGGAGGAUCGCUAGAGCUGAAGUGAUAAAUUACAGUGGUAAUAUUUAUGAGCCACCAACCACUGAUUCUAAAAAAUCAAUUCAUUUUGCGGUCAACAAAACUAUUCGCUCCCAGGAAGAUGAUUUCUCCGACGAUGAUUAA